AAUGAGUGAAUCCCAACAUUUAUUAAAACAACAAGGCGACAAUAUUGAAAUAAUAGAAGAACAACAACCAAUUAAUUAUGGUUCUUUACAUCAACAACAACAACAAACCCCUUCAGUUAAAUUUAAAAUUGAGAAAAAUGAGAAGAAUAAAAUAUCUCCGAUAUUUAUUAGUUGGCAUAAUUUGACUAUAAAACAUCCUAAAAGUGGAAGAAUUAUUUUAGAUAAUGUUUCUGGUAUGGCAAAAUCUGGACAAUUAGUAGCUUUGAUGGGGGCAAGGUUGAUUUUAUUUUAUUUUGAAUUUUCUGAGGGAUUUUUUGUUCAAUAGGUUUAGGACGAGCUAGGAAAUUAAGAAAAAUGAAUGAAUUUUUGGAAUUUAGCCAGGUUUUUCCGUUGUCGAGGUCCCGGAUUUGG